AUGGAAGUCCUCCCCAGGUACGCAGACGCAGAUGCUCCAGAUCCCAUCCUGUCUUCAGGGGACAAUGUGUACACGAUGACCGUGGCGGCUUGCAUCCACGAAGACAAGGGCUACGUACUGGACCUGAUACCGAAACUGGCCAUGCCUGGAACGAAGGUCAGCGGGAGGAACUUCACGAUGUUUCCAGCGGUGCGUGCCAGGCUUUCUGUCACCUCGGACUACACUGGUGCUAUGCUUUGUUCUGUGCAUCAUGCACCUCGGUAUGUGGCGCCUCAUCCAUCCUUGCGUCUAGGACUUGUUCAGUCGCAAGACGUUGCAGCGCGUGCAGCAGCCGAAGCUUCGGAGGCGGCGAAGCCAAAGCCUCCGUCCUACACGGCCAGGGUCGCUGCGGAGAAGUUCGCGUCUGUCCAAAUUCGCGCAUCUGUGCCAGAUGCUGCUGCGAAGGCGGGUGUGCCAGCAGGCCAAGGAUGCUGGGCAUGUUGGCGGCCCUGUUACGAGCAGCAUGCGUCGCAGCAGUUCUCUUGGGUGAUCCACCACUCCUCGGAUGUGAACGGCCAGACAAAGCGCGAGCAGUCAUGGGUGGGACUGCUCGAUGAAGCAGGAGGAGAUUUCUACCGCUUCAACUGUUUCGAUCUGGAGGCAACUGCGGACCCGCGACUGAUGCAGCAAAGUCCGGAUGGCCGCCUGGACCAUGUAGCUGGGUGCCGAGCAGUAUGUGAUGUCAGUCACUUCUCAUAUUUAAUAUGA